AUGACUGCUCUCAACAAUCUCUCCCGUAAUCAUCACUUUCAUCGAAGCUCUUUUCUUGGUUUCUCAAGAUCUUUCCAAAACCUUGGGAUCUCAUCUAACGGUCCAGAUUUCUCCUCUCGAUCAAGAUCUACUCCCAAGUAUCUCUCACCUACUCGAGCUUUCUUCUGGAAUUGGGGCAAGACUGAAAACUCCAGACCAAGUAAAAUCCAAGAACUGAACGUGUACGAGCUCAACGAAGGAGAUCGAAACAGCCCAGCGGUUCUAAAACUCGGCAAAAAACCAGAGCUUUGUCUCGGAGAUCUCGUCCCAUUCACCAACAAACUCUACACCGGCGAUCUCAAAAAGCGCGUCGGAAUCACCGCCGGUCUCUGCGUCUUGAUCCAACACGUCCCGGAGAAGAACGGUGACCGAUUCGAAGCUUCUUACAGCUUUUACUUCGGUGACUACGGUCACUUGUCCGUACAAGGACCGUACUUGACUUACGAAGACACGUUACUCGCCGUCACCGGAGGCUCCGGGGUCUUCGAAGGUGCGUACGGACAAGUGAAGCUUCGUCAGCUUGUGUAUCCCACGAAGCUGUUCUACACAUUUUACUUGAAGGGUAUUGCGGAUUUGCCGUUGGAGCUCACCGGGACAGCGGUUACGCCGACGAAGGAUGUAAAACCGGCGCCGGAAGCUAAGGCAACGGAGCCAGGCGCAACCAUAAAAAACUUUACUAAUUAG